CUUUGGUUCAACCGGGGGGUAAUUCAAAAAGAAUCUCCUGUAACUUUUUUUUUUUAUAUUGGACUUUGUCUUUAAACUUUUUCCUCUUGCAUCCAUCCAUCCAUCCUCCCUUUUUAUAGAGGUUUUUUUCUUCAUCCAUCAGAAAAUCAAUCAUGUCUGCCUUCUCCAAGAACCUCUUUUCUCUUCUUAGUGAAGAUGGUGAAGUGCGCCCUCAACCUGCCCCUGUCAAGGAAGAUACUAAGCCCGUCGUUGAACAAAAGCCUAAGAAUGACAAACGAUCUCCCAAAGCUGCUGGUGCCCAAAAGCGUGGAGGUGACAAGCGUCGUGGUGACAAGCGUCAAGGUGGCCGUCCUCAACGUGGUCGUCAAUUCGAUCGUCAUAGUGGUACUGGUAUCGCUGAUUCUGAAAAGAAGGAAAAGCAAGGUUGGGGUCAUCCCGAAACUGCUGAAGCUGAAGCUGCCAAGGACUCUGUCAAUCCCAAGGAUCCCGCUGCUGCUGAAGAACCUGUGACUCCUACCGAACCUGAAGAAGUUGUCAAGACCUUGGACGAAUAUUUGGCUGAAAAGGCUUUGAAGAGCUUGAAGGUUGGUCUUCCUGAAGCUCGUAAGGCUAACGAAGGUACUGAUGAUGCCAAGUGGAAGGAUACUGUUGCUUUCCAAAAGACUGAAGAACCUGAUUACUUGCCUGCCAAGGAAAAGACUGUUAAGAAGGAAAAGACUGCCAAGGCUGGUAAGGUCUUUGUUGACAUUGAACAACGUUUCCAAGAAAAGCCCCGUUUCCAACGUGAUCAACGUUCUGGUCGUGGUGAUCGUCGUGGACGUCAAUCUAACCGUCGUGGUGGUCGUCAAUCCAAUGGUCCUGCCGUCAACAUUCAGGAUGAUGCUGCUUUCCCUUCUCUUGGUGCCACUACCGCUUAAAUUAACAAGCGUUAUAUUUUUUAGUACAAAAUAAGGAUGGAUCAAGUUGGUUAUUUUUUACUUUUUACAAAUGCACACACAUUCUCUCUCUCACACACUCUCUCUCACAAUUUUUUUUUUCCUCUCUUUUCUUUUUUAUAUAUACAUAUUUAACUUUUUGAUUAGAUUUGAAAAAAAAAAAAUAAGGAUUUGUCUUCAAUAAUAAAAAAAAAGUGUUUAAAACAAAAA